UGUCAAUCGACCCCACCCCACCACAAUCUUCCCCCUCCAUCAUCGUCAUACUUAUACCAACCACCAAAGCAAGCUCUUGCUAUCGAGAUUCACAAGCUCAGGCGUCGACUGUUCCUGUGUCUACUUCGUACCUAAUCUAUCAGAUCUGCUUAGUCCUACUGAAGCUAAUUCACAGCUGAAAGCCACCAAAGCUUAACCAUGGAGCUUCCCUUUGUUACUCUCGACGUCUUCACAAACACUCGAUAUCGAGGAAAUCCCCUUGCCGUUGUCACGAUUCCCGCAGAUAGAAAUACAUCAGAGCCUACGCAAGAGCAAAAACAAAGAAUUGCCCUCGAAUUCAAUCUAUCAGAAACCGUUUUUAUCCACGAACCCCGUCCUGAUACCGAUGUCGACAGUGAUGUCACCCGCCGAGUGAUCGACAUUUUUACAGUCGACACAGAGAUCCCCUUUGCUGGGCACCCAACUAUCGGCGCUGCUGUUACCCUCAUCCCCCACGGUGUCAAUACCGUCGUUACCAAGGCAGGCCCAAUUGCUCUCACGCAGACCCGCCCUGGUUACAUCCAAGCUGCUAUCCCGCACAAUGUUCGUCGUCACAGAAAGACUCUUGCCGAUCUGUCUGCCCCGGUCGCUGCCCAAAUAUCCCAGGACCCUGCGAUACGCGAAUCCGAGCUCCAGGCCCCGCUAUUCAGUAUCGUCAAUGGCAUGACCUUUGCGCUCAUCAAACUCCCGGAUCUCGAGCAUCUGGCCAAAGUUCAGAUGAGCGGGGUAAACUUGUCUGUGGAUGAACUUCUUGACGACGGCUGGCAAAACGGCCUCUUGCUGAAGUACUACUAUGUUGUCAAUGGCCAGCGUGAAGACGACGGCAUGACCGUUUAUUCCAUCCGCUCGAGAAUGAUGGAAGCAUCCAUGGAAGAUCCUGCUACAGGCAGUGCUGCGAGCGCGCUCUCUAGCUAUCUUUCGCUUCAACAGUCGAGCUUAGGUGAUCAUGGCUUCAGAUAUGAGAUUGACCAGGGUGUUGAGAUGGGCAGGGAGAGUAAUAUUGUAGUUGACGUUGAUGUAAAGGAGUCCAAGAUCGCCACGGUCAAGCUCUCAGGAACAGCUACUCCAGUAAUGCGUGGUCAUGUCACCAUCUAAUCGAGAGAGAUAGCAUAUUGCCUGUUCCCAACUGCUCUAUAAACCCAGGACCCAAUUGUUAUCACGUAUUUAACCAAAGGGGCAGUAUUCCAAAACCAAUCAUGCGCCUGGUAUGUUCUUCCGACAUCGUAACGACUAUCGUACAGUGAUACAGUAUUACUGCAAUGUGGUAUCGGCCUGGAGACAUCCUCGCCCCCCCAGACGAG